AUGGACGACCUUCUCAGGCCAGAUCAGAAAGCGCGCCUGCACGAGGUUGCCGACCUCAUGCUGGAAAUCUACCAAACCCUCGCCCACAUGCGCUAUCUCGACCCAGCAGGAAUUGAGCAGGGCCCGCAUAAUAUCGACAAUCUGCGCCCGAUGUACGAAAAGCUCAAGCUUGAUCCCGCCAUCAUCUACCUCUACAGCAUCCUUCCUUAUGUGGAUUGUGAUGUCGCUGGCAACCAAGACUUUUUUCAUGGCGGUGCGUUCACUGAUUUCCGCCGGGAGGACGCCGUGGAGCAGGGCCGGGAUCCAUUCUACGCCAGUCCUGGUGGCGAUGACUACGACGCCGAGGAUGGACCCUACAUGCGGCCGUGGAUGACCCCGUUGUCGCGGUUGGGGAAUCACCAGAGCGUAAUCAUUUACGAUGCCCGGCGGCAUCGCAUUUGGAUUAUCGACCAGGAGGGGUGGAGCAGUACUGAUCCCGCGCUGAUGGAUGGGCCAAUCGUUUACUCUGAUGAUUCAGAUGAAGAGGAAAAGGCACCAAGCGAGGAAAGCAAGAAAAGCAAGAAUCCGAAUAGCAUCGAGCCUAUACCCAGUCGUCGCGCGGGCGAUGUUCUGCGUGAUAUUAUCCACUGGUAUCGUUCACUAGACGAGCUACCGGGUGGUGAGCAUAGCGGAGGCGAAUGGGACCAGUACCAUCUGCCACUGAAGGAGUUGUACCGCGAGUAUGGCUGGCCGGAGGAUUUCGACGGGGACAGCUUCGAGGUUGCUCAAGCGAGAGCGCACGGUGCUUCUGGCGCCAAGUACUCCGCUGAAGAGCCAUUGCGAUGCGUAGAGACAUUCAAGCUCUGGAUGAAGCGUGCGGAUCAACACAUUUCGGCACAUCAAGCUGAACUUGCGGCGGCCAAGUCCGUGGAUGAGGAGUGGGCGGUGCGUUUCAGGCUCUGGAUGGAUGGGCGACGUCAUGCGAGGAACAUUGAGGAUCUCAGCAAGGCUGAACAAGAAGCAGAAAGGCUGUGUCCAGGGGGGGUAUGUCAAAGGACGGAGGAUCUCCCUCUCUGGGAGCUGGAGAGGCUGCGGCAUGAGUACAAGUGGAAGCAGGAAAGUGUGGAAAGCUACCGAAACUGGGCGGAGGAGUCUGAUACAGACCCUGACCGUGCGCGAUAUUAUAGAAUCAGCCUGCAGCAUGCAAAGAAGGCCACUGCAAUCUACCAAAAGGCGUACAAAGCGUCCCAAGCAGACGCAGAACGACUAUGUCCAGGGAGGACCUUUCAGUCCGCUACCGGAAUUACCUCACUCGGGAGAAAGGAUACGGUCACUAGUAUUCGGGACCAGAAAGACUGUAUGGCCAUGAUGCAAGUCGAACUUGAAGCCAUCAAAAAUUGGGUGCUGCAAUUGCCAGAUGGGGCUAUACAGGCCAACAAGCUUGUGGAGGAGGAGGUUGAAAAGUACGAACGGGCAAUUGACAGCGGGAAGGAAAUGCUCCAGAGGUAUGAAGCGUCUUUAGCCGAGCAUGGCAAUCAAGAUUGA